AUGGCUUCGGUGGCUGGUGGCUCCUGGGGCGAUGGCCUCGAGGAGCUCGACGGUGCGAUCCGGCACUAUAAGGUCGCUUCUACUGCUGGUGCCACUGGGCUUUCAGGCGGUGGUCUCUCGGCCAUUUUGGCCUACGACGGUUUUGUGCUCAACGAUGUGCCGUCGCGGUUUAGUCGUGGCAUUUUCGUUGACGAGCUCAUGUUUGGUGCCAACGCCACCAUUGACAGUUUUGACAGCAUUUUGUGCAUGUACAGAUAUGAUAUGUGGCUCGGCGUGCGAGUUGGUGAAGCUCAAAAUCCUGGGCCCAGGGCUGCAGGCUUACUGCAAGGCUUGGAAGAAAUUUUGGGAAGAUGUGAGAUUGGUGCUGAGGGCGAGGAUGGUGAUUGGCUGUACUACGAGCUCUCUGAGCUUGUGAACCGUCGGCCCAAAAAUCUCCUUCAGAAACUCAAGAGCCUGGUCAAGCAGGCCACUCGUACCACAGCCCCCAAAGCUCAGGCUCGACAGGCGCGCGAUGUGGGCUGGAAGGACUGGACCUGUGCGGACUUUGCCCGAGGCGCUCAACCCCGGCAUGACUCACGCCAAUGGUCACAUGAUGCUGGGCUUGCUUGGCGCAACGAUUGGGAUGCAUGGUGCGACUCCCACUCACAGGGCGACGAUGGUGUUGCUGACUGGCAUGGUGGGUGGCAGGGAGCUUAUUCUUCGUGGGAUGCUGAGGCCAUUGCAGGUGCCAAGGCUGGACAUGCUGUUUCGUACUACGGUGCCGCUGCGACCCCUGGCGCUUCUUGGUCUUCUACCUGGGAUGAUUGGGGUGGUUCUUUUCCUCGUAGGCGCUGGGCCGAUUUGUACGAUGAGGAUAAAGGCGACGCUGACGAGGACUGGUGGACGCCCUCCUCACGCCAAAAGUGGGCUGACAUGCUUGAUGAUGGACCUGAGGGCCCAAUCGCGGCUGGACAACAACCUGAUGUUGAUCACUAUACGGGGCCGUCACGACGUGUCGAGAUUGCUCCUUCCGCUGGUGGUCGCAAGCGCGCCAGGGCUCAGCAGAUUGAUCGCGAGGACGCUGGCGCUGAGGGUGCCAACCGCGAAGGCCUGUGGGUCCUGCGUAAGGAUGUCUGGCACGCUUCAUGCCCGAUUGUGUUCGCUGAGACGGCUAGCGCUGUGAGCGAGAUUUUAGAUUCGGCUGCGGGGGUUGCCAUUGUCGCUUGGACGGAUAACAGUGACAUCGCUGAUGAGAUUUGGGAGCUUGUGGCAUCCGAGGGUCGAGACGCCGACGGUGCUGAUGUUUCCCUUACUUUGCUAUGUGAACACACAUCAUCGAUUGCCCAGUGGACUCCUGGCGACAACACACCGCCUGAAGUCAUACCAGUUCCUGGCAAUGCAGGUGGCAAGCUUCGCCAUAAGAAGUAUUUGAUGGUUACCAGUGGUGUCUCCCCUGCCAGGCUUUCCACCCGGCAGGCUGGGACACACGCAGUGCGGAAGCCUCCACCUUCUUUGACAGCUCAAAGGGCUGCGUCUGUGGUUGUCCGCUUCACCGCUGAUUGCGUCUAUGGUGCCACGCCCUGGGCGGAUCUGAAAAGGCAGCCCGCGCAGCGUGCGCGCUCAUGGGCUUCACAGCACGGGGUGCGACAGGCCGACAUCCUUGAUGCAUAUGGUUUCGGAGUUCGCGGCGACAACCGGCUGACAGGUUUGAUGAGAAUUCGCACCGAGGCGUCAGCGCGCAGACUUUGGUCUGCAUCAGGGGCUUUGGCUGCUGGGCUCGUCUUCUUCGUAGACGUUAUCGGUGAGGACCAUCGCACUUUGACAGCUAAUUGGGCCAAAGAUGACGAGGUGGUGGUUCAAUGGCACGACUGGGAGGUUCAAGAAAGCUUCGAGGAGUAUCGUGCUCGUGUGCUGAAGCGGGCUACCUUCGGUUUGGUGCUUGGUCGACGGCUCGGCUGCCGACUGGGCUCAAAGGAUCCGAACUUCAAGGCUCAACCGUCGCUUUGGCGAGCACGCGCCAUCCCUAAGAAUUAUGGCAUUGCCGAUGUUGCCGCCCUCCUUGAGGACUUGGGGUUUUCCCAGGUUGAGGUGCAGACUUUACACCGUGGGCGCAAGACCAAUGACUGGACCUUUCGAGGCAUGCGCGGCGACAGGCAAACGAUGCUCCAGCAACAUGUUGCCUGGGGCGGUGGGCUUGAGUCGGAUCUAGUUGUCGUUCGUGAGAGUGCGAGACGAGGACCCACUGGUCAGGACUCCCAGUUCAAGCCUAUCACCGAACGACGCACUGUGACCUUUGGUGAUGUUUUGCAGCAGCGGCCGGCCAGUCGGAAGCCCAAGAAAGACAACUCGCGCCCUGUCGCAUCUGUUCCUUCAGCUUCUCCGCCGCGCGGCAAUCGGCCGCAGCAUGAUGUUGUGGCUAAACCCGAUGAGCAGGCCUCCAAGGGCAUCAAAAGAGCAGGCCCGGAGGAUAUUGCGAAGAUGAAUGUGGACGCCGAGGCCAAUGAUGCACAUUGGGCUCCGGUCGCUACCUUGUUGGAGAACCCGGGCGGCGGCAGCUGUUUGUUUUGGGCCAUGGCUCAAGCUGGCUUCGAAAACAAGGCUCCCAGCGAAGUCACUCAUCGGCAGAUGAGAAGAUUCGCUGUUCAGUGUUUGCAGUCUCUGGAUUCCGAUCUUUGCGAGCUGUGGUCUCGCGGAGGCUGCUUCAACAGUUUGGGGAGACCAAGCGAUUUGACGUGGCCCCAAUAUAUCCUUGAGAUUAGCACGGCUGCAAACUGGGGAGGAUCUCUCGAGGUUUCCGCGGUCUGCAAGAUUACGAACUUCCGAGCUUGGAUCUUUGAGCGCAUUGAAGGCCGGCUUAGCCUUCUGAACGCUGCCGGUGAAGCUGGGUUCGUCCUCCUCCAGUACGACUCUGAAAAGCAACACUGGCAAGCUUUCCGCGAAGUCGACGAGGAGACUUUGUGGGCUCGGCACCGUGCCUCUGGCAAGGCGAUGCUUGAUGUGGUUGCUAGCCCGAUGCGGGGCGGGAUGGGGAAGCCUUCGUUGUCUGCGUGCGCUUCUACGUCCUCUGCUGGGUGCAACCGCAUUGGUGCUCGAAGGCGUCUUCGGCUUUCUGAUUGUGCUUCCUCGGCAAGGUCUGGUGACGCCCCUCAACUCGCCGGUGAUGGUGGUCAUGCUUUUGUUGGUGGCGCUAAGCUUGGCUCUGGUCGCUUCCUCGCUUUGUCCGAAUGUGCAUCGUCGCUGGGUGGGGAUGCUUUUGAGGAGGUUGAGGAGGUCACGCGCAGACCCGCUCUGGACCACAGGGAGGCGGACCGAACUGCUACCUGUGUUUGGCCCUCUGGGUGGACAGCAGCGCAGCGUGGCGCGUACUCUGUGCUCUGCUCAUCGCUCUUCGACGCUGAAAUCCUGCAGAGGGAGGACUUUAUCAGGAAAGCCGUCACCGAAGCCUUUGAUGGUAUGAAGUUCUCUUCUACAGCCGUCAAGGAGGUCCUUGAGUACGUGUCGGAUGAGGUCACACUGCUUCAUGGGCAUGCGGGGGCCGACCCAUGGACGGAUGCACAGCAUCAGGCUAUUCGUGCCGCUCUGGGCGCGCAACGCCAAACCACAGGGGAUUGCCGCCGGCCUAGCUUAUCUGAGUGCGCUUCGAGUGCUGAGGAGGCUGUUGGUUAUGGCGCUGCUCCUCACGUUGUACUUCCUCGUGCAGGCGAACGCCGGAUCUCGUUGAGCGAUUGCGCUUCCCUGCCAGGUGCUUCUCUUUCAGGAAAGCGUAAAGCAGUGGCCAUCUCUCAGUGCCAAGGCAAAGCACGAAACACGGAUGAUGCAGCGCUGCCGGAGGACACCAACCCGUGGUUCCAAUGGCGACAUGGGAGACGCGAUGCUGCACCACAAGUGGCACCUUGGUUAUCCCAACUUGUUACUUUCGGUCCCCAUGUGGCUAGCUUCAUCGCCCGCCCGGGUUUUGUGCUAUGUUGGCCAUGUCCGUGUGGCAGACGCAUUACAGCAUCGGAUUCCGGCCGUCUCGCUUCAGCUCGCCGCAACCAUAUUACUCGAGCCCAUGAAGGUGAAGAUCGUGCCAACUUUCCGGUGAUCCAGCAUCGCGUGAACACGGAGCUUACUGCGCUACCUCCGGGAGCACCAGCUGCUUGGAGAUGUUCAAAAUGCAUGCGUGGCAUUCCGACUGGCAGUGGGUCUUACACACACACGGCCUUGGCACAUCUGCGAUCGUGUCCUGGCGCUCCAAAGACUCUCAAGGCCAACAACGCAAAACUUCGCAAAGCUGCGAAAGUACAAGGUCUUCCUGCGCUUUCCGGCACUGCGGAUGGGAGUGCCAAAGGUUUAUUCGUCGCGGAAGCAGUUUGGCAACAACGCGUGCAAGGUGACCCUUCCAGACAUCGCCUUGUUCAGCUUCGUGUACCUCGUCUUGCUCCCAACGCCGACGGUAAACUCCGCUUUAUCGGAUGGGGCUGCUCACGAUGCGCAGCUACCUGGUGCACGGGAUCCAAAGCUAAUUUGUCAUCCAGGUGCCGCGGGGUCGCCCAAAAACGCCGGCGGCUCAAAACACAGGGGGCAUCAUGGCGUGCUCGCAACCUGAAGCGGCUUGCCAGAACAUGGGGCAUUCUAAGGCGCUUCUACGACAACCACAUCGGUCGUUUCGCCAAGCUUUUGCACAUUUCGCAAGCGGAGGCUAUUGAGAUGGACGAGGUGGCCAAAAAGAAGCGGUACUUCAAGAAUCGCACGGUUGCUUUACAAAAGACGGUCUGGUUUCAUGACCUAACCACCGAAGGCAUCGAGCCCAACCCGGGUCCAUCGGCGUCCUCGUCUUGCGGCCGUACCCCCUCUCAGCUUGGUCUAUUCUUUCACAACUGUGAUGGUCUGGAAGGAGCAUAUCGGUCCCUCAAGUUUGUGGCAAAACAGUCCAGCAAGCCCCAUGUCAUUGGUUUGGCUGAAGUUCGUGCCCUACCGCAGCAAAAGCCGGCACUACUUCAACAUCUUCGGCGUCUGGGAUACCGAGGAUGGUAUUUUGCAGGUGACACACUUACGGAUGUGCGGGGUCGGAAAUACAUCCAUGGAGGGAUUCUGGUUGCAAUGCGAGAGGAUGUCAAAGGAAAUGUCAUCGACUCUUUCAUACAUGCUGAAGGCGAGGCCGCGCUUUCUUGCAUCGGCAGCGCCCAGAUUGCGAUAGUGUGGCGUCGCCCUCAUGCGCAGGCGGAUGGGUUUCUUGACAACUUCACGCCUUGGAUCGCUGACUCAUGUGCUACCGCUACUCCUUUCAUCGCCGUGGGAGAUUGGAAUUGGGAGCCAGAUGAGAAUGUUUUCAUCGCAACUGGGCUGCAGCAAUGCAACGUCAUGGAGGGUGAUCAACCGGUACCUUCACGUUGGCAAAGCCAACGUUGCAUUGACUAUGCCAUCGUGAAUGACCCCACUUUGCGUCUACAGGCCAGCUACGAUGACGCCAAGUUGUCUGAUCACAAGGCAGUGUGGAUUCGUGGCGCGGAUAUCCUGCCAACAUGCACUCAGAACUUACAGUCCCUGGUCCGCACUCCGGCGUUUCUGAAACCCGCCUCCGUUUCCACGUCGGCAUGGCGAAAGCUCCUGGAAAAGCACUAUGAUUCUGCACCCAUCCCAGUCGGUUCCACGGAAUCGGAAUGGUGUGCACUGUGUGCGAAAGCCUCUGAUGCUUAUUGCUCCGCACUGGACAGUUUGGGCUAUCGUGUUCCUACGUUUGGCACUCGACCCAAAGGUUCUCUGCCUCAAACCCAUGGCCACAAACCGGCCAACAGGCCGUCCGAUGAACGCAACCUUUCUCUUCGAGCUCAUCUUGGACGCCUCUUGGAAGUUCAACGCGGCCAAGCGCGUGGCAAAGACACCGCCGUCCUCGAGUACAAGAUGGAGCGUUGUAGACCGCCUGGCGUCCCCCCUGGGCACUCCGAAGAGACGCGGGAAAUCGUCGAAACAGCCAUUUGCCAGACAGAAACCCGUGAACGUCGAAACCGAAUCGCGCGUUGGAGAGACAAGCUUUUGCGUGGAGGCUCCGCCUUGAGUGCGUGGCUUCACGGCCGACAGCUUGUUCUGCCCUCACUGGUGACGUGGGAGGAAAAUGGCCGGCAACAUCAAUCCAGUAAUAUUGCUUCCGCCCUUGAGGCCGUGGCUGGUUUCUGGCAGCAAGUCUGGAAACGAGAUGUCUCACAGGCUUGCACACGUGCCUCUGAGCUCGCCGCGGUUCCUCCCGCGCGGCCUCCGGCGUCCUGGGCCCUCUCUGCCGAAGACUUGCAGCGUGCUGCUCGUAGGAAAUCUGCGGGCGCGGCCGGAUUGGAUGGCUGGACAGCAUUGGAGUUGGCGAACUUGCCUUUGACCCAUUGGCGUGAUUUCCAUGUACUCCUUCAUCGCUGGCUACAGCGUGGUUCCUUCCCGGAGAGCUGGCGUAGAGCGCGAACGGUGUUCUUGCCAAAGACUUUGCCAGAUGACCAGGGUGGUGUCGAGGUGGCAAAGAUGCGGCCGAUCACCAUAUUGGCUGCUCAUUACCGUAUCGCGACGUCCUGUUUGACCCGUCAACAAGAUGUUCGAGAUUGGAUCGCAGCACAGGUCCCUGAGUACGUCCACGGCGGUUUGCAACAACGAGCAGCUACAGACGCGUUGGCCAGCAUUGACGCUGGUUGGACUUCGGCACCACGCGCGUGUUUAGUCACGCUGGACAUGAAGCAAGCAUUUGAUCGCAUGGUUCCUGCCUUAGCAGUUGCGAAUCUUCGACACCAAGGCUUCGAUCCAGCUUGGGCGUCUCUCUUGUCUUGGGUUUGGGAGGGCCAACUUCGGUAUCUCCAACUUGGUGGUGUCGUCAGUCCAUGCCCGUUUUCUGUCAGCACCUCGACGCCGCAGGGUUGUCCCGUGGCCCCUAUCGCGCUGGUGAGUUUGCUCGCUCCUCCUGCUCGGCUGGUGCAAGAACAAAUCAGUGACUCAGGGCGUCAAUCAAUAUUUUUGGACGACAGGACGGCAGUUCUUCACUCGCCGUCACAUGUUUCGACCUUUGUCAAUGCUUGGUCCAUGCAGUGCAACCUUAACGGUUUACAGGAGAACAUGGACAAACUGCGAGUGUUGUGCAAGUUGGGCUCUGACGCAAGUUUGCUUCUCAACGCCGGCUUUGAGAACAAAUGCUUGGUGUCUGGCCUGAAGGUGCUUGGGACCACUUUCGGCGUUUUGCCAGAUGAGAAGCUUGAGUGCGCGGCCAAGGCGCUGGAUCAGCUACGGCUUCUUCCUGGGCCGCAAUCUUACAGAGAUGGUUUCUUCCGCACUCGCAUCGUUCCCCUCUUACCGUGGGGUCGUUGGUGGCAACAAGUUCCUGCUGCGCUAGGGGAAACUUGGACUACCAAAAUCAAGCAGGCGCUUCGUGUACAGCAUGUGUCUUCACGAGGGCUAUGGAAAGCUUUGGCUGGUCACUGGACUGAUGCUAACAUGGUGAUCUGGCAUUCAUCCAUACGUGCAUGGUCAGCUGCGGCUAGAUACUGGGACUCUCAUGGCGCCUUUCAGUUUCUUAGCCGAGGCCGCUGGGCCCAGAAAGUUCAACAAGACCUCAUUGAUCGGGGCUUCACCCGCUCGCCUCAUGGCCUUGAACAUCCUACUGGAGUCAUUUUUCCCCUCGAUCGGCCGGCAUCGCGGGUUGAAGUGGAUUCCAUCCUCCACUGUGGGAGGGAGCGCUGGAGGCAAAAGAAUCUUCAAGAUUUCUUCGCAACCAACAGACGCGAGGCGGUAGAGAUUUCACAUGCCGGGGUUGCCUACCACCAACAGCAGCUCCGACGAGCACGUCAUCUCUACGAUAAAGCUAGUGUUGAAGAGCGGGGAGUCAUGCUUGGAGCUUCCUGGUCUUUAUGUGCGUAUGACAAGAUCCGGAAAAAUCUCCCGAAGCAACGGCCCUCCACUCUGGACAGAUGCCCUUUUUGCAGUGCACAGGUACCUCCAGGGUGGCAUCACCUAGCAUGGCAGUGUGAGUAUUUUGAGUCCCGACGCACGUCGAUGCCUCAUGAUGCAUGGAGUGCUCGCUUGGGUUGGCCACAACCGGGCGAGCCGUUAGCAUGUGCUAAAGGAAGAUUACAGUUCUUGGCCUCUGUUCGUGCUGCUUGCCGUCAGGCCAGGGGUUUUCUUCCUGAUGAGUGA